AUGCCAUCGCCGAGGAUUCGGAUGUUGUAACGUUAUCACUCUUAUCAGGCCGAGUGACUCCAAAAUGCGGGGAUGCCUGACCCACCCUCUCCAACUCGCCGUCAUAAUAUCCUCAUCUCGAACACCCAUGCUAUGUUGAAUCCUCAUCAUCUCCCAACUCACAAUGGCACCCAAUCACCGCGUCGCCGUCAUUCAAUGGAACAUCAAGGACCUCGCCAUCGACGAGAACCACCAAAAAGCAUGCGCCUACAUCUGUGAUGCCGCAUCCCAGGGUGCCCAAUUGGCCGUCCUCCCUGAAUACCACCUUACUGGCUGGUCACCCUCCAAUCCCGAAUGGAUCGCCCUCGCCUCACAAACAACCCCCUACCUAACGGCCUACCAAGCCCUCGCCCGCGAUCUACACAUCUGCAUCGUCCCAGGCACCAUCGUUGAACACCACCCCUCCUCUCCCACAGCUAAAGAUGAUGGCCCCCUCCUCUACAACACCGCCUACUUCAUCUCCAACGACGGGACCAUCCUAGGCCACUACCGCAAAAAGAACAUCUGGCACCCAGAACGCCCCUUCUUGACAUCCUCGGGAACCGACCCGCACGAGGCAUUUGAUACCCCCAUCGGCAAGGUCGGAUUACUGAUCUGCUGGGAUCUGGCCUUUCCCGAAGCAUUCCGGGAAUUGAUUUGCAAGGGGGCAGAGGUAGUAAUUGUACCUACUUAUUGGAGCAAAUACGACGCUUCCCCCGCCGCACUACACCAUAACCCCAACUCCGAGAAACUCUUCCUAGAGACAACUCUCACGGCACGAUGCUUCGAGAAUACCUGCGCCAUCAUCUUCGCUAAUGUAGCCCGCGGUGAAGAGGAAAGUGAUCGUUUCCUCGGCCUGUCGAGGGUCUGUUUGCCCGUCAUCGGCACAGUAGGGGCAAUGGGUCCCGAAGAGGGAGUGCUAGUCAUGGAUAUGAACAUGGAUGUUGUUCGGAUCGCAGAGGAGAAUUACCGAGUCAGAGAAGAUCUGAAUCGUGAAGGAUGGUAUUAUACCUAUCGGCAUCAGAGUGUAUAAACUACGGUGAAAGUGAGGUGAGGUGAGAUAAGGUGACGCAACGUCCCAUGUACAUUAAACUACCCCAUUCCUCUUCCUAUUCCCGAUUUCUUAUCGCCAUUCCCAACUCACGUCCAAGUGAGGCUUAAUGAUCCCCUCCACUACCACUACCACCUCCUCUCAAGCAUCCAUAAACGCAAAGCAAAGUCAAAACAACGCAAAACCCAACUCCCCC